CCUGUUGCAACAACGCUUCACCCCCAAACGUUCGGUCCAGCUUGCGGCUGUGUGUACAUCGAUGGGAAUAUAGCAACAUAUUUCACUGCAAGCCGGCUCGUCCCCGUGUGUUUCGCGCGGUGUGCGAAUGAGUGGAGCCGAGUUUUCCCCCCCUUUUUUGCGGCCCUUUGCCCAUUUUGAUUUGCUACCGGCGUUCGACGUGCCACACCGAACCCCACCAAACUAUAAAGAACUAGCUACUAUGUGCCCGCCUAAACGCACGCACCACGCUGCCUGAAGUAAUGUAUUCCUCCAAGCCGAUGAAUGUAAACAUGAUGAUGAAUCCUCAAAUAUACUGCCAUAUUACGGACGUGCUGCGUCAGCCGAUCGUGCGGCGCUGCGAAGAGCUGCGGACCAUAUUCGAGCACGAAUGUGUGCACGAUCUGCACGACAUGUUUCCGCUGCUGAUCAGCUCCAUCUUCGAUCUGACCGGGCCGGGCUGGAACUUGCGCAAAAUUACGCGCGAAAAUGCCCCGUGCGAGUUCGACGUGCUGCAGGAGUUUUUCUCGCCGCUGCGCGGGCCCAUGAUACGGCUCUGCUACAAGCUGAUAGAUCGAAACAAGUACGAAGUGCCUAUUGCAUAUCUGCCGGUAAAAAUGCAGCACAUGCUACUUGCCGGCCUGUACCCUCCGUUCUAUUCGAAGCGUAUCCGAAUCGAUCCAUUCAGUCGAACCGUCGUGGGAUUGACUCUGAAUUCGUUCGAAUACUUUCUGCUAUUCUUCGCCCUGUACGGUGUGGUGCCGCUGCGUAACCUGUACACGAGCAUGGCCCUAGCGGCCGCCGACAAUGAUCGCAGCGAAACGAUCUACCUAAUACUGGCCGCCGAUCUGUCGAUCGUGUUCGUGCCGAGCGAUCCGGACGUGUAUCUGCUCGCGCCGGAAGUCACGCCGAUGCGGCCGGCGCCACCAAUCAACCGGAUGAAAAAUAAAAAGAAUCCCACCGGCACGCUCAAAUAUUUGCUACCGCAGCGGCUGCUCCCGCAGGAGCCGGAGACGAAACCGCACCGGGUGGACGCAAUAGCGGAAGCGUUCCACUGGCGAUCGGAAGCGUUCAUCUACCUGCUGUCGGACGUGUGGCUCGGCACGGAGGUGGACCAGACGGCCGUCCUGCCCGACAUCGAUCUGGUGCGGUACGUGCGCAUACUGGUGAAGCAGCUGCACGGCUUCGCGAACUGCACCGAGGUCGGCACGAACACGCAGGUCGAGCGGCUGCGCCAGGACACGGCCGGGCUGAUGGUGCCGCGCAUCACCGUCUUUCUGCGCUGCCUGUUUAUGCUCUGGCCGCUCGACCAGUCGUUCACGCACGUGCUCGAGCUGUGGCUCAGCUACAUCCAGCCGUGGCGGUACGUGGACGGCAAGCCGCCGAGCAAGCAGUACGAUCUGCCGAUCGAUCCGCGCUACCACGCGUUCGUCGCCUCCAACCUGAACGCGUACAGCGAGAUGUUCGUGUGGCUGGUGACGCGGGUGGCGGCGAGCGAGCUGCCGAUCCAGCGCUACACGCUGCUGCUGUUCCGCACGCUCAAGGUGUUCGGGCAGGGCGAUCUGCUGGCGCUGCUGCGGCAGCAGACCGAGCGCCAGUGCAAGAUCAAGCAGAACUCGGACACGGUGGUGCAGGUGCUGCCGGUCAACCGCAAGCAGUACGAGCUGAUCACGUUCCCGUUCGACGAUCCGCGGCCCGGCCUGAUCCGGCACGAGGCCCUGCUGGUGCCGAUGUUCGCCGACCAGGUGCAGCUGGCGCUGGAAACCAUCACCGAGCGGGUGUGCGCCCGCAUCGUGGACAACCGGGCGGCGCUCGCCAAGCUCGCCGCCGAGGCGAAGUACGCGGGCGACUCGUGGACCAGCUGGAUGCCGCUGAACGUGAUCCGGCGGAAGGAGUGCGAGCGGGCGGCGGCCGACCUGACCGACGAGCAGAACCGGCUCGAAUUUGCGGUGCAGAUACUCGAGCAGGGCUUCUACACGGUCCCGGUGUACAAGCAGCGCGAACCGACGCCCCCGUCCGACUACCUCACCGCGGAGCGGGCGCUGAUGCCGGGCCCGAUGGACAUCGGGGACGACGCGCUCCGGCCGAUCACGAGCAGCGAGUGCCGGUUUCUGGUGCGCUUCCUCUACCAGCUCAGCAGCAAGCUGAACGUGAUGUUCGGCGACGACCUGCAGCGGCUGUGGCACCGGGACGGGCUCGUCGGCCGGCUGGCGCGCCGCACGCUCCAGCCGCCCACCACCAUCUCGGAGUUUACCCGCAUGCCGAUCUGCACGCACGGCUCGAAAACGCUCGUACGGACGAAGGUGGGCCCGCGCAUCAGCCUGCGCUUUCUCGGCUCCUACACCGCGAUCGUCACCGUCAGCUGCUCGUUCCUGGCCGGCUACCUGCUGUUCGGCACGCCGAGCUACGGCUUUAUCGCCCUGCUGCUGGUGGCGUUCCUGUACAUACUGGUCAAACCGGAAGGCAAGGCGAAGCAUCGUACGCCCUAGCGCACGUCGGGUGAGGGGUGUUUAGGCGAUUUCCUGUAUAUUUACUUUUUAUAAGUACCAAAUGCCAAUGGUACCAACGCGUGCAUGAAAGGAAUUGGCAUAGAUUAUAUUUAGACCAUAUGCUAGGCGGAGGUAGAACGAGCGCAGCAAACCAAUCGAAUGCUUUGUGUGUACGCGUGUGUAUUGCCAUCGUUGUCCGUGCGUCAGAUGCGUGGAAGCUCACCUACCGCCACGCUACAAAGCAAGUCGCAAGCUGUACUACUCCUCUGCACCUUAAGAUAGAACGGGAAAAUUGUAGUACAUUUACUUCGUUAGUAAAAUAUUCAAACAAAACCUUUGAGCCUGUUUCUGUUUCAUGCAUUGAAUUUAAUUUUCACGAACUGAAUUAUUCACUGUUGUACAAUAGUUCGCCGAGCAAUAGUUUCUUCUAAUUAAAUAAAAAUAAACCCUGAAAUAUGUCAAGUUUUCGUA